GGUCCCACUCAUCGCAUUCCCCCGGCGUCUGCCUCAGCUCCUUUUAGCUCCACAGACAUCCACGUUUCCCACCGCCACCAUGCGUCCCGCCCUGCUGUCUUUGGCUGUCAUCCUCAUGUGUGUGUGGAGUGGCAACGAAGCUCGAGGCCUUCCUACUCCUAGGAACCAUGGGGAUCAUGCUGAGCCCCGAAGGAAUCAUCUUCAACCGAAGCAGGCUGACCAAAAGUGUGUUGGACGAUGUGCAGUCGAGGGCUCAAUGGGAUCGUCCUUCUACAGCAGCGCAUCUUACAGUUCUGGUGACAGCUCAAUGGGGUCAUCUUACUACGGCAGUAUGGUUUAUGAUUAUGACAGCUCACUGGGAUCAUCUUACUACAGCAGUGGAUCUUAUAGCUCUGGUGACAGCUCAAUGGGAUCAUCUUACUACAGCAGUGGAUCUUAUAGCCCUGGUGACAGCUCAAUGGGAUCAUCUUACUACAGCAGUGGAUCUUAUAGCUCUGGUGACAGCUCAAUGGGAUCAUCUUACUACGGCAGUAUGGAUUAUGAUUAUGACAGCUCCUUUGGGUCAUCUUACUACGGCAGUGGAUCUUACAGUAAUAGCUAUGGUGGCAGCAUGGGACCAUCUUGCUACGGCAGUGGAUCUUACAGUUACAGCUAUGAUGACAGCAUAGUACCAUCUUACUACGACAGUGGAUCUUACAGUUAUAGCUAUGGUUAUAGCUAUGGCGGCAGUGGAUCUUACGGUUACAGCUAUAGUGACAGCAUGGGGUCAUCUUCCUACGGUUCUAGUGGCUCGGGGAUCACAGAAACAACUGAACAACCUGCCACCACAAUGCCCAGUGCAGAGAGUUGUACGUGUGGUGUCCGUAAUGUGGUCACCAAGAUUGUGGGCGGCGAGGUAGCGACCGUGCACGAGUUUCCUUGGCAGGUUGGAGUAGUUACCAAAACUGAAAGCAGACCUUUCUGUGGCGCCUCAAUCAUCGCCAACCAGUGGAUUCUUACUGCCGCACACUGCGUUGAUGAAAAUACUGCGAGUCAAGCUAGAGUUGUCAUCGGAGAACAUAACUGGGCUACUACUGCGGACACACAGGCUACCAAGAAACUGGUCAUUGAAGAGGUCAUAGUGCAUGAAGGUUAUGACGACCAGACAAUGGACAAUGAUAUUGCGCUGCUGAAGCUUGAAACCCCCAUUGUGUUCAGCAACAAGAUUGCACCAAUCUGUCUCCCAUCACCAGGAUCUCUUUUUGAGUCUGUGUUUGCCACAGUGUCUGGCUGGGGCACCCUCAGUUCAGGUGGAUCACAGCCUACAACACUCCAUCAGGUGAGAGUAAAGACAAUGACCAAUGAACAAUGCAAGAACACAGACUAUAGUGACGAUAGUAUCACAAACAACAUGAUCUGUGCUGGCACACCAAAUGGAGGCAAGGACUCCUGUCAGGGUGAUUCUGGUGGCCCAUUGGUGACAGAUGAUGCAGACUCUAGUCAGCUCAUCGGUGUGGUCUCUUGGGGAAUUGGCUGUGCUAACAAGGAUUACCCAGGUGUCUACACCAGAGUUACCAAUUACCUUUCAUGGAUCAGUGAGAAGACAGCAAACAAUUGGUCUACUUGCCAGCCCAUCAGCUGAAAACCCAGGCUCAAGCUCUGCCUCAAGAUAACAGUGUCUUGCCGUAUUGUUUCUUGAUAUGAAUCACUGAUAUAAUGAUAGUAAAUGCAGCAUAAAAUA